AUGUUUGGGCCAAAUGGGCUUGGGCCCAAUUUCUUUAUUCUGACGAUAAAUCUAAACGAUGCCGUUUCGGGGCAAGUGGGAGUUAAGAGAACCCCGGGGCCGUGCCGAGGCGAGACGAUCGCUAGAGAGCGUGCCCGUGUGAUUGAGGAGAGCUCUGACAAUGGCGUGGACGCGAAGGUUCUAGGAACAACUCAACCCUGUUCUGCUCUUGGCUUCCCUAGAUUAUACUCCAAACCCGCUUAUGCUGUGAAAGUUGGGAUUCCAGAGUUCUUGGGUGGGAUUGGGGGAGGAGUCGAGACCCACAUUGCCAAGCUCGAAACCAAGAUUGGAGAUCUCAAUAAACUCCUUGUGACACGCACUCUCAAACUCAAGAAAUUCGGGAUCCCCUGCAAGCAUAGGAAACUCAUACUGAAGUAUGCCCACAAAUACAGGCUCGGGCUAUGGAAACCGAGAGCAGACGCUAUCAGAGCCUGAUCGAGCCACUCGCCGCAUUGAAUUUGUGAGCGUUAGUUGUACUCAAAUGAUCAUUUUUCUCGUAUUGGACCAUCUGGUCUGGACAGUGACCGACUUCAAACCCAGUUCCCACAUUCAUGCAGGUCUUGUCCAUCAGUCUAGAAACAUGUCCGGAGCUGGAUAGGAUCCUAACUCCUGAGGCAUUGGACAAAUAUUUAAAUAUUGUUUUAACGUCA